GUGAAAUCGCAGCGGUUCGGUUCCAACUAGGAUUGAACUCACCCGAACUCAGACUGAAUGCAACUCUAGUUAGAACUUCGAUUUUAGCGAGUUACCCACACUGCGAAUCUUGGCCUCAAGAUUCUUCACAGGCCGAACUGUUUUAACUUUUGCAGAACAACCUAGGUUGACGUUCUUUUCAUUCCGCAGAUUCUCCAUCGAGCCACUAAGAGGGGUUAUCGGGCAGGUGGGGGAGAUGUCGGGACAUCAACUUGUGCUGCGCGGGGCAGCGGAGGGUAAUCUGCUCAGUACCUCUCUUCAGCCUCCUCUUCAAAUCGAUCAGCACACUCUUGCCCAGCACAAUGGAGAUGUCGCUACGAGCCAAAGUAGCUAUAGUAAGCGGUUCCUCCUCUGGCAUUGGAGCUGCUAUUGUGCGCGAGCUGUCCUCUCGCGGGGCCAAUACGGUGGUCAACUAUCCCUUCCCUAGUCUCCAAGCUGAAGCAGACGCAUUGGUAGCCUCUCUUCAUUCGCCUGCAAUUGCCGUAGAGGCAGACAUGUCCCGCGCAGACGCGCCUCAGAAGCUGGUUGACGCCGCCGUCUCUCAAUGGGGUAGGAUUGAUAUCGUCGUCAACUCCGUUGCGCUGGCAGUCAAUAAGCGCUUCGAAGAGCAGACGCUGGAGGACUGGGAUUUGCUGGUGAACAUCAACGGACGGGGAACAUUUCUCCUGACGCAGGCGAGCCUAAAACACCUGACCAAAGGGUCCGGUCGGAUCGUCAACAUUGCAAGUAUUUCGGCGCGUGGGCCUCCGCCGAACCAGACAAUCUACGCGGGGACCAAGGGGAUGGUCGACUCCUUUACCAAAUGCUGGGCCAAAGAACUCCCUCCCAAGUAUGGCUGUACCGUCAAUGCCGUCAGUCCUGGUCCAACAAUGACCGAGGGUUUCGCUGGUGCCGGCAAGGAGCAGAUGAAGAUCCUUCAACCAAUCAUUGAUCAGACUCCGGUUGGGCCACGGAUGGCUCAGCCAGAUGAGAUUGCCUAUGCUGUGGCCUUUUUAUGUGAGGAUCGUGCGCGAUGGAUUAAUGGUGCACAUCUGAUUGCAUCUGGGGCUUGUUCAUUGAUUAGUGCAUUUGAAAAUCCUUCAUGCUUGGCAUUAAUCACUUUCUCAUAUCCACAUUCUUGA